ACUCUGUCAGGCUGAGGAAUGGGACCAGACUGUGUUCAGGCAGACUGGAGGUGAGGUCCUCCCAGUCCUGGUCUUCAGUGUGUGAAGCUGACUUUGACCUGCAGGAUGCAGAMGUGGUCUGUAGGGAGCUGGGCUGUGGACCUCCUUCAGUCCUGCAGGGGGUACUCUAUGGAGGAGUAGAAGCUCCAAAGUGGACCAAAGAGUUCCAGUGUGAAGGCCAUGAAUCUACUCUCCUGGACUGUAGAAGCUCAGGCUCAGCUAGAAACACCUGCUCAUCUGGCAAAGCUGUGGGUCUAACCUGCUCAG